CCACCCCAGCCAUACCCACAGCCACUCUUCACCAUGGGCGGAGGAGGCAAGAUCCCAUACCCCAAGCACGUCUGGUCGCCAUCCGGCGGUUGGUAUGCGCAGCCCAACAACUGGAAGGGCAACACCGCCGUCGUCGGCCUCGUCCUCGUCAGCAUCGUCGGCAUGGCCUGGACCGUCUCCGCGCAGCGCGAGUACCGCGACAAGAUGCCCGAGCAGGGCCGCUUCUUCCCCAGUCGCUACUGGAGCAGGCAGAUUGUCGAGCACGAGAAGAAGCUGAAGGAGCAGGGGCAGUAGGACAGGGCAGGACAGGAGAGUAGGGCCACCAUAACAGUAUAACCACAAUAACCACCAUACCACAUAACCACAAUAACCACCAUACCACAUAACCACA